UGUCGUUUUCCUGCCGCUGCUUGUCGUUGCCUGUCGCUGAGGCCGUUGGUUGGGAGGAAUUUACAGUUUGUCUGUUCCGAAGCGUCGAAGAGUGCAGUGUGCCGCAGCCAGAGUUCAAGAUACAAGACAAAAAAACCAGACAGCAAGCAGCGCGCAUAGCCUAUCGAAGAAUUUGUGCAAACGCCGCAUUAAAACAGUCAACAAGAAAAAAAGGGGAAAAAUAUAAUACAAAAAAAAAAAAUAAUAAUUACAACAAAAAUUAUAACAAUUUCGAAAGCUGCAAAAACCGGCAAUUGUGCAACAUUCAAGAAAGCGCGCGCGUUUACCACCAAAAGGCAACGAAAAGAAGUCGAUUGAAGUGCAAAUUGAGUGCUGGAAUAUUUGUUUUCUUAAACGAAUCCUAAAUACAAAUACAACGACACGCCGCGUGAGUGUUUGUGCCACCGCCGUCUCUACGCGUGUCGGUGUGCUGUGUGUGCGUGUGUGCCACUGUCAGAUAUCCUGAGCUGAGCCAGUGUGUGUGUGACAGCAAAUAGAGAGAAGGAAUUGGAAAGAAGGCACGAAGGCACAAGGAAAGUCCCACGCAAAAAGCCUGCCUGCCCCAUUGUUGUACCGGCAUUUUAAUGACGUCAUGUCCAGCAGCUGCUUGCAACACUAAAAGCCACAACUUCAGCCACAUCACAUCUUCCAACUCGCGCGUGUUUCGUACAGCAGCAAACAAAAUAAAUUAACAAAUACAAUUUAACAUACAACAACAACAACAAAAAAAAAAACGAAGAAAGAAAACGAAAACGCAAAGAAACAACAAACAGCCAACAACAAUUCAAAUACAGCAGCACAGCAGCAACAACCACACCAACAACAACAACAACAACGACUCUCGUCGCAUCAUCAGCUGGAACUACCGAAAGAUAAUGUAAAAUCAGCUUGAACAGAAAAAAAAAAACAAAAAACAAAAACAAAUCUUAACAGCUGCGUCUAUCCAUAGAUUUAUAUAUACGCCGCCCGCCGCCCCAGAAAUCAGCUAUCAGCUACAUCCUCCCACAACCCCCCAUCCCACGCCCCCCUCCGCCCGCCCGCCCGCCCGUCCGCUACGCAGAACGUGCAAACGUGUAAAACGCUAAGACAAAACAAAAAGCCAUCUUCUAUAUGCUACAUAUAGUGCUGAUCAGAUCUGUUUGUUUCUUGCGCGUGUGUGUGUAAAAUCGAACUUCAGACUGCAACGAAAAAUCCAGAAGAAACAGAAGAUACAGAAGAAAAACCAACGCGUUCUAGUCGCCAGCUAAAGUCUAAGCUAAAGUCUAUUUGAAAGCUAUCCUAGAGCCGUAGACACACACAGACACACACACACACACACACACAUACACAGACAAAUCUCUAUCCAUAUAUACAUACAAUAUCUGUAUCUGUAUCUGUAUCUGUCGAAUACAACGAUCAAAUGGCCAACGUUGUCAAUAUGAACAGCCUGUUCAACGCCAAGGACUCGCGCUGGCUCCAGCUGGAGGUCUGUCGGGAGUUUCAGCGCAACAAGUGCUCGCGCCAGGACACCGAAUGCAAGUUCGCCCAUCCGCCGGCCAAUGUGGAGGUACAGAACGGCAAGGUCACCGCCUGCUACGACAGCAUCAAGGGCCGCUGUAAUCGUGAGAAACCGCCGUGCAAAUACUUUCAUCCACCACAGCAUCUGAAGGAUCAGCUAUUGAUAAAUGGACGCAAUCAUUUGGCCCUCAAGAAUGCACUGAUGCAACAGAUGGGCAUUGCCCCCGGCCAGCCGGUCAUAUCCGGCCAAGUGCCAGCCGUGGCCACAAAUCCAUACUUGUCCGGGAUACCGGCCAAUUCGUACAGUCCGUACUACACAACUGGACAUCUGGUGCCCACCUUGCUGGGGCCCGAUCCGUCGGCCGUGUCCGCCCAGCUGGGGCCGGUGGUGCCGCAGGCGGUGCAGGUGCAACAACAGAAAAUACCACGUUCCGACAGGCUAGAGGUGUGUCGCGAGUUCCUGCGCGGCGCCUGCAAGCGGGCCGAAUCCGAAUGCCGGUUCGCACACCCGCAGGAGAGUGUCGCCCGCCACGACGAUGGCUCGAUAACGGUAUGCAUGGACGCCGUUAAGGGACGGUGCGCCCGUGAACCCUGCCGCUACUUUCAUCCCCCCCUGCACCUACAGGCACAAUUAAAAGCGGCCCAAACACGCGCCACCGCUGUCGCUGCUGCAGCUGCGACCUCACCUGUUACGGCACACCACCACCCACACCACCAUCACCACCAGCAACAACUACAACAGCAACAACAACAACAACAACAGCAACAACAGUUGCAACAACAGCUGAACAACAUCAACAACAACAACAACAACAACAACCACUGCAGUGGCGCAACCACAUCAACAACAACAACAACCACAAACAACGCUGCCGCCGCCGCUGCCGCUGCCGCCGCCGCUGCCGCCGCCGCCGCCGCCGUCAUGGGCCAUCACCAUACAGCAGCACUGGAAGUGGGCAAGAAGCGGGCAGCGGACACAGAUCUGUUUCCACUGCAAUUCUCUGGAAUGGUGCCGUUCAAACGUCCAGCUGGAGAGAAGUCUGGCAUUCCAGUGUAUCAACCCGGUGCGACUACGUAUCAGCAGCUAAUGCAGCCCUAUGUUCCAGUCUCAUGUGAGUAUCCCCAACAACAACAACAACAACAACAACAACUACAACAACAACAUCAACAACAACCACAACAACAACAACAACAAGUACUACUACAACAACAACAACAACAAUUAGCGUUAAGUAGCGCCAUAACAACAACAACUACAACAGCAACAACAACAGCCAGUAAUAAUAUUAAUAAUAAUAACAACAACAACAACAACAACAGCAAUAAUAACAAUAACGCCAUUCACGUAAAUGCUGUAAUUGCUACUGCCAUCAAUCCAUCAAUCACAACCGCAUCAAACGAUCAAUCAGCUGCUGCAGCAGAUCCCACUAACAAACCCAGUGACGAUAGUCACGAUAACGAUACCGAUAACGAUAAAGCUGACGACGGUGCUGCUGACGAAAAAGAGAAUGAUAUUCCAAAAGACACUGACGAGCACAAUGAAACAUCGAAGCCAAACCCAAGUCCCCCCAUCGAUUGUAAUACAACACAGACAAUUGCAACAGCAGCAGCAGCAGCUGCAGCUGCCACAGACUCAGACCCAGACGCACAGGAGACACAGACAGCAGCAGCAGUGGCCACCUCAUCCAGUGGCAGCUCUCCCGCCCCCUGUCCAAGCCCACCCACUGACAGCAGCCUGCUGCCCCUGCCGGUGCCCCAGCCGCCCAAUGGGGACAAUAACAAUUACCUGUCCUAUAUCAAUAACAAUUUAACCAAUGGCCAACGGAUCAAGUCCGCCAGUCCGCCCGAAGAGCCGCUCAACGACGAGGCAGACCAGGCCCCAGCAGCAGGUGGGGCCUCCCUGACCUCGACUCCCCGUGGCUAUAGCAAAUAUAACGGCGAUGCCUACCAGAGGGCCAGCAAUGCCGCGUACUCCAUGAAUGGCCACAGCACUGGGAUACUGCCCACGCCCACCAGCACCGCGCCCACAGUGACGUAUCAGUCCCAGGCACAGGCACAGGCCCAGGCCCAGGCUCAGGCCCAGGCACAGGCCAGUAUGCAGCGCAUCAACUAUGCCAUGCCCGCCUACAGCUAUGCCAAUUUGUACUCGCCCUACAACAGCGGCACCUCCUCCAUCGUGAGCAUCGCCGGCAACACGCCCUCCUAUGUCCAGGCCCAGAUGCAGCAGCAGCAGCAGCAACACCAGCAGCACCAGCAGCAGCAGCAGGCCCAAGCGCAGGCCCAGGCCCAGGCCCAGGCUCAGGCACAAGCGGCCUAUGCUCAGCAGGCUUAUGCCGCAUAUGCGGCCGCUGCAGGACUCACGCACACACAGCCCACGGCAGCCGCUGGCGGCUACUAUGCCGAUCCCGCUGCCCUGGCCAAGGAGGUGGCCCAAAAGAACUACGCCCUCAAGGUGGCCAGUGCCGCAUCGGCGGCGGCGGGCAAGUCGGGAUCCCACUCGGCGGCCGCCUACACAGGCAUGACCCUCAACAAGGGAUUCGUGGCCGCUGCAGCUGCCCCGCAGCCCGUCCAGGCGCCACAGCCGCAGGCCGUCUCCAUGGCCACCCUGCUGCAGAUGCAGGCUCAGGCGCAGGCCCAGGCCCAGGCCCAGGCCCAUGCCCAGGCCCAGAUGCGGCAGAUGGGAUCCUUGCCCAAUUCGGGCAUGUCCACGCCCCUGGCGCCUGGCACGCCCCUCCGCUCGGCCAGCGCUGGCGGUGGCCAGGCGCCGCAGUACUUGUCGGGGCCUGCGGCCGCCUCUGGCGCCCUGCUGCGUGCCCCCUCGCCCAUGCAGUAUGCCGGAGCCCAGGGCUACUUCUAUCCGGGCGUAAUGUCCGCUCCGGCCGCAGCCGCCGCCGGAUAUGCCGCGGCCUAUGCCAUGCCCUCGAGUCAGGCGGCAGCGGCGCAGCAGUAUGCUGCAGCAGCAGCAGCAGCUGCCGCCGCUGCGGCCGCCCAGGGGGGAGCCCCAGGUCUGAAUCCCUACAAGAAGAUGAAGACGUCCUAAAAAGGGACCCCCACGCCCCCCGCCCCCCCCACACAAGACACAACUGUACUUAAAAGCUCUCCCGUCACACAUCGGAGACGUGAGAAAUAUGUGCCUCAGAAGUAGAACGAUUAGACUUUAGUUUUUAGACCCCCCCACGCCCCCCACGCCCCUCAUCACACACGAUCGCGCACAAGAAGGCUUUGAAAAAGCUCUCCCACCCCUCCCCACUAACACAAGCGCGCAUGCUGCCCUGCCCCCUGGCCACCGCCCCCCUCGUACUAACACAAAUGCCGCGCAGCUUGCAACGAACGAAAACUCUUUUGCCAUUAAGUUAUUAACGAAAGGAAACACAAACCUCACUGUGGACUUGUAAGACAACGAAGAAGAGAAGCUUUCGAAAAGCUUUCAGAGAGCAGAGACACACGACAGGAAGAAGAAGAAGACGAAGAUGAUGAUAGAUUUACUUAAGUUCCUUCUCUGGUUAGAAAUUAGUCAAACGCUAAACAGAAACAAAAGAAGAUAAGAAUAGGGAGAUCGGCGAAAGGCAAUGUGAUAGCACCCCCCCCUCCCCCCCGCCAGCACACCAAACAAAGGCGAAAAAAUCAAUCCCAGCUGCUGCUGCUGCUGAUCUGCUGUUGCUGUUGCAGUCGCACUCACUCACGCCAGAAUGAGCG